CUUACCCGCAAGAACGUAGCUGUGAGGCCUGCCCGCGCGGCCAGGCGCGACGUCAGGGCCAUGUCUCUGCUUGGAAACCUCUUCGGCGGGGGCUCGAAGCCCACCAGCAGCACCUCCAACUUCCACCAGCUGAGCGCGCUGGACAUUGACAAGAAGAACGUGGACUUCAAGAGCCUCAACAACAGGGUGGUUCUGGUCGUUAACGUUGCAAGCAAAUGAGGCCUGACUGCCGCGAACUACAAGGAGUUCGCGACUCUGCUUGGCAAGUACCCCGCGACUGACCUGACCAUCGUCGCUUUCCCCUGCAACCAGUUUGGUGGCCAGGAGCCUGGCACCAACGCCGAGAUCAAGGCCUUUGCGUCCGCCCGCGGCUUCAGCGGCGCCGGCGCGCUGCUGAUGGACAAGGUGGACGUGAACGGCGCCAACGCCAGCCCCGUGUACAACUUCCUCAAGGUGGCCGCAGGCGACACCUCGGACAUCGGCUGGAACUUUGGCAAGUUCCUGGUGCGCCCCGAUGGCACCGUGUUCGGCCGCUACGCGCCCACCACCGGCCCCCUGUCGCUCGAGAAGUACAUUGUCGAGCUCAUCAACAGCCGCUAAGCGAGCUGGACAGCUGCGUGCGGCGGCGCUGAUGGGGCAGCACAUGCCGGUAUUGGCUGUCAUUGGCAGCAGCGGCGUACGUGCUUACGUGCUGGCGCGUGUGCGCGUGCUCGAGUUUGACCGAGUGCCGGAGGGGGCGCGCGAUGCGCCGUCACCGGAGGGAGGCGGGGUUCGGGUGCACGCCGCGUGUGUCGGCUGUGGCAGCGGCGGCGGCUGUGUGGCAGCAGUUCCUACGGAGGGGAUGGACAACGUUGAACUUGGUGACGACGUAUGUGAGACAUGAACGUCCCCUCACCCGGGAACCGUCGCACCGACGGGGCCGGAGGCUCUGGGUGGAGGUGGGCAGGUGGCGUGCUGCGUUUGCGGUGCGAGGGUGGGGCAGUGGCAAGUAUGGCAGGCGGGGUCUGUCACCCUGUCUGUCAGAGUUGCGCUGCUUGGCCCUGCGCUGCGGUCUGUUGCGGUUGUCCUGCUCCGCCGUCCGAGCUUUCAGGAUUGAGCCCUUUGUUUCGGUCGAGGUGUCCUGGGGGGCCGAGGAUGGGGGCGCGCCAAAGCUUGUAUCGUAGGGGCUGGCGCUCGGGCGUGUGGCGUGUGUGACACGCCGCCGCCCGCUGAUCCCCGAAGCCGCACAUGGUAUAGUCGCGCGCCGUGUAUCCCAAUCAAAUAGGUCGUGAUUGGAGCACGUGUGUUCAGUGCCCGCCGCUGUAUGAUGCUGAGUCGCCGCAAUUUGGCGCCCUGAGUGGUGCCGGCGGCGCUCAGCGGAUUCAGGAAUGAAUCAGGCGUGCGGGCCGCGGCGCCAUGGAGCGUUGCUUCGGGAGGAGGCCUGUUCUGGUCUUAUCAAAUUGAUGCAUGCACUAAUGCACUUGUAACCAUACGUUAUC